AUGGUGGGCUUGCAAAUCCCCCAGCCAACAAUGUUCACCAAUGGAAGUAUGCACGGCAGAUCAGAUAGAAUGCGUACGAUGGGGAUUUCGGAGGCCCUGGAAAGAAGGCGAAAGGAACGAAGAGAACUUCAAGCGAAGCAGCAGAGUAAUUCGCCAACCCACAAGAGAGAUGCUGAAUAA